CCUGACUGAGCUCCUCUCUCUUAUUUAGAGGGCAGUGUUUGACAUGGUGACUAACCCUGUAAGAGAAGGUGAACUUUAUGUUCAACAUAAACUGAAACGAACUGUGGAGAAUCCAGCUCUGUUUCAAUAGAAAACUCUCUGUAAACAGAGUAGGGAUUUAAUUCAGUUAAUCAGGAUCUGACCUCGCGCCCGGAGCGGCGGCGGGAUGCACGAGCUGCAGCUGGUAACCGGUCACUGUGUUAGCUCACCUGGCUAACCUGUCGGGACAGAAAAUACAGCUGGAAGGUGUACAAAUUAUCCACAAGGAGCAAGAGCAGUGAGAAUAUCUCCUGCCUCUCAAGAUGGAGUUCUUCACUCACCUUUUCACCUCCAAACGAGGGUCCCUAGCAAGAAUCUGGCUUGCAGCCCAUUGGGAAAAGAAGAUAACCAAAGCCCAUGUAUUUGAGUGCAACCUAGAGAAUACUGUCUACGAUAUCAUUUCUCCUCAGGUAACAAUUGGUCUGCGGACUUCAGGUCAUCUGCUCUUGGGUGUUGUGCGGAUCUAUUAUAGGAAAGCCAAGUAUCUCCUUGCUGACUGCAAUGAUGCUGUGGUUAAAAUCAAAGUUGCUUUUCGACCAGGACAGACUGAUCUGCCUAAUGAAGGGAUGGAGGCUAUGUUUAAGGCCAUUACCCUGCCAGAGGAAUUUUCUGACUUUGAUUUACAGCUACCUGAUCUCAACACCAUUGACGUUGUAGAUCACUUCUCAUUGAAUCAGUGUCGCACAGAGGAAAUAACUCUUAAAGAAAACUUUGGGAACAGUUUUCUCUCUAUGGAUGAUAUGGGAGAUGAUGCCCAGUCUCAUCAGGGUCUGUUUGAUAUGAGUUUAAACACUCUUGGUACAACUGGUGACGGUUUUGGUGAUGAGGGGAUGGCUUUUGAUCUUGUUGAUUUCAUCAUGAAUGCAAAUGAGAAUUCUCUGUUGAAUGACUCAGAGGACAAUUUGUCUAAUGAGCUCCCGGCAACACCCCCACCAACUGCUAUCAAUUCCACAGUGCAAGAGCCUGCCGUUCUAAUUCCUUUGACAGAAACACCUACCAUGAAUGAGACAACACUUCUGGACAACACAAAUGAAGGAUUUGCACUCGAACCGGUGGCAGCCACACCUACUUCCGAAAGGAAGAGGGGCAGCAGAAAGAGGAAGCUGGUAGUGGAUCAGUCUAAGGAGCUUUCUAAUGAAGCUAUCAGAGCCCAGCUAGCCAACACCUCGGACAUCUUGACUUCGCUGGACAUUGCACCACCUACACGCCAACUCAUGGACUGGAAGGAGAAAGGAGGAGUGGAUUAUCUGUUCUCACAUUUCUGUGUUCCAGUCAUACACACUGGCUUACAGAAGCUGAUCCUCAGAGAUGUGUUUCCUGGGAGACGGGGGGCAACUGGCAAAGCAGAGGAGGAGCAAAACCCAGAGGAGAUGAGGGAGCAGGGGAGAGAGGCUGACACUGAGAACAAUAUUUUGCUUACGGUGGAGGAGUUAAGCUUAUUGCAGGAGACUAUGGAUCCAGACAGAGUACCAGAAGCAGGCAGCUUUAUAGAGCCCUCUAUCACCCACUUAGAGCCUCCGCAGUCCUGGAACAAUGCCAGUGACGAGAGCCGGUUGGAGGUGUCAUAUCCUGAGCCACUCUCUGAUGAAUCCAUGCUGGCACAUCCAUAUGGAGUGUCGAGGGAAACCCCACAAACACAAGUGCAAACACAGCAGUCUGCUUCAGACACCCAAGACAGAGAGGAGAAGAGAAUGACCAGUCGUGCCAAGAAUCUCCUCCAGGCCCUUAGAAAUCAGGACAGCAGUCCCGAAGCCGUGUUCAGUUUUCACGCUCUUGCUGAAGGAAGCAAUCGCUCCAGAGCAGCAGCAAUCUUAUUCUGUCUUUUGGUGCUAAAGAAACAACAGGCCCUUGAACUGCACCAAAGAGCUCCCUACAGUGACAUAAUCGCCACACCAGGACCUCUUUUUCACAAGUUAUAGGACAGUUUAUAGUUUAUAGACUCUUUAUAUUUGGGGAUUGACUAAGCACUAAACAUCUGGACCUUUGAAGACCUGGUCUAAAGGUCAGUAUAAAUUAUAUGAAAUGUAUUUUCAUCAUUUUUUGGACUUAACUUCUGACACUUGUAGCAUGCUGCCAUACCUAGCAGUGAAUUUCACACAAUGAUUUGUGCAACUAGGCCACACAUUGACACGCAUAACAUGGAAAAAACAGAACCUACAUGACAAAUGAAAUGGGUUUAUUUAGACUUAGGUUUUGCGUUACUGCUUUUGCAUUCUUUAAUACCUAAAAUUCUUCCAGAUAUAUAAAGAGAAAUUGAGUGUGUUUGAACAACACUGUUCUGUGUGAAAGGUGUUUGGAAUUUUCUCUUCACAUUUUAUUACCAAGAGUUCUGUUGGGUUAUAUAUGACUCCAUGAGUUUUUAAAAAAUAAGUUAAAUAUUUAAACAUGUAUGUUUCAGUUUGUUCUCUGUCGUGGAGCUGUUUUUUAUGCAGUGUGCUUGUUGUUUAAUAUUCUAUGAAUUUAAUUACUUUGUAUUUAAGAUUAUUCUACCUGUUAAUGUUAAAAUGUUUUUCUUGUUUAUCAAAAUAAGUAAUAUAUUUUUAAAAGCAG